GUCGGAUCAUUUCCAACUGACGAAGAUUAUUAUUAAAGUGCCCCAGUAGACCGGGGCUGCCUUCCUGCCUCAAUCGGCCAUGCGUCCUCCGAAUUGGUAUGAACGAAUGAAUAAACGAGGCGUUGCGGAGCGCUGUUAGCCAAUGCGGAUGCUUCUCACACACACUAAAGCGCGUCGAGUGGGAUAGUAUGUCGUCGAGCUGUCAUGUAGGCUACUGAUAAUUGUCAUGUUUCUGUGUCGGUCUGGAUUUCCAUAGGGGAAUGUGUAAUCGCGAUGUGGUCAUUGAAGGAGGCGGGUAUCUCACAGACAUCCGGAAUCCAUCGCGGGAUCCCACAGCUGCACCGCGGAGCUGCGAGGCAAAGCGGCCCGCUUUAGGAGCUCCUACCGCGCGUCGUUAUGCCAUUCCCAACGCUGUUUAUGGGGGAUUACUGUACGAGACAGUCGUGCGUCAUUUCGUGCCUUGAUUGAUACACAUUUUCCCAUAAUAUGGCCGAUCAGAGCAACAUUCAGUCUGCCGCUUCCAAAAGCAUCAGGCCGUUCAAAUCCAGCGAGGAAUACCUGUAUGCCAUGAAGGAGGAUUUGGCUGAAUGGCUGAACACGCUGUACGACCUGGACAUCACGGCGGACACUUUUAUGGAGGGUCUGGAGACCGGCUGCGCGCUCUGUCGGCAUGCCAACAACGUGAACCGCGCCGCCCACGAAUUCACGGCGAAUUAUCCAGAUGCGGCGCUUUCUUUGCGGAUACCCAGCAAGGACGUGGUCUUCCAGUCGAGGAACGUCAUACCGGGGUCGUUUUUGGCCAGAGACAACGUGUCGAACUUCAUAGGCUGGUGCAGGCAGGAGCUCUGGAUCAAAGAUGUGCUCAUGUUCGAGACCAACGACCUGGUGGAGAGGUGUAACGAGAAGAACUUCGUGCUGUGCCUCUUGGAGGUGGCUCGCCGAGGGGCCAAAUUCGGCAUGCUGGCCCCCAUGUUGAUUCAACUCGAGGAGGAGAUCGAGGAGGAGAUCCGGGACCAGGAGAACCUGACAGAGGCUCUAGGGGAGUCCCAGAGCCCGCCGAGCAGGACGUACAGUCGCAAGAAAAGCAUUGGCGAGCCCGACCCAGAGCUGUUGGCCCGCUGGCAGCAGCAGCAGAAGAGAGUCAUGCUGGAUAUGCGCAACCUGGACGAGCUGGUUCGGGAGAUUCUGGGCCAGUGCUCCUGUCCAUCACAGUUUCCUAUGACCAAAGUCUCAGAAGGGAAAUACAAAGUGGGCGACUCCAGCGCACUCAUCUUCAUCAGGGUGUUACGGACUCAUGUGAUGGUGCGUGUGGGUGGAGGAUGGGACACACUUGAGCAUUACCUCGACAAACACGAUCCCUGUCGCUGCGCCGCAUUUGCUCACCGGUAUCAGCAGGCUAAAGCGAGUGGCCAGGGUCCUCACAGUAAGAGCUCCAGCGCUCAUUCAUCCCGCUCCACAAGCCCAGGACCUCACUGGCGCAAUGAGGGCAUGGCACCCUACAAAACACCCGACAGGCGUUCUUUGGACCCUGUGAUGGGCGCCACAGCGCAUUCCUCUCCAUCACGGCCUGGCAGGUCGCACCAUGCAACUGUACCUGUAGAGAUGGAAACUAACACAGUGCGCCCCAUGACGCUGUUGCCUCGACCACCACGAGACAGAUCAGAACCACGCCACUUUAAUCCUCUCAGGAAUAAGGAAUCUCUUCUUCCGACUCGCAGACUUUCAGGAGAUAGUGACUCUUCUACAGCCUCUUCUAAAGGUGGAGGAGGAAGCACAGGAGGAGGUCGCUUCUCUCUGGGCACACGGCAUGCUCAUGGAGAUGAGGUUGUGCUGCUGGUGAACCGUAAGGAGGGGAAACACGUUAUUGAGCGUACUGGAGCAGGAGCACAGAUUCCAGCCCUGAGAGGUCCUCAGACCCGUGCCCGUAGUGCUUCCAGAGAGCGCCCAGCACCGCAGUCCACCUCAAUCCUUAAACCUAGUCCACCACAGGGCCCGGCUGAGGUACAACAAACACCCCGCACAGAGAGAGGCAGAUCACUGGGGCCUGAAGGUCCACGGAGGCUCCAAGCUCCACGGUCCCUCAGCCAGGGCAAGACACCUAGAGGCCGAUUGGGUGAAGUCAGUCCCGGAUCAUCACCUCGCCGAAGAGACCCUCAGCUGCUUUCUAUAGAUCGGAGAGAGGAACUGAGAUCCAAGCAUAUGCCCACAGCAUCCGCAAGAAUAAGUGGAAAUUUGCCCAAAAGGCAAACAUCCUCCUCUGCCUCAAACUCACCCGUUAAAGGCUGCGCCAGCGGAAGUCCUGCGAAAAAAGGGAUAGUAACACCACGUCCCCCUGCUCCUCGGUCACCUUCUUCUGGGAGCCGUAAGUUGCUGCCCCCAGUCACACAGCCAGGGAGGCGGUCUCCACAUUCUUCUCCGCGAUCAAAUGCUCUCCACCCUCCGCGUUCCCCUCGAUCAGCUCACAAUACACGAUCCACAGGGAGAGACCAAAGAGGUAGGGGAAAUCCCUACAACCAACAGCAGGAGAGCCAGGAGGACAGCGGUAUGUUUAGUUUACACCUGCUGCCAAGUCUGGACCCUCAAAGGGAGCAAGAUCUGUAUCGUAGCUUUGAGGCAGAGUUCCUAGCCAACACACAACAAUCCAAGGUUGGGCAGGGUAAAGAGUCCACUGGAAGGGAAUUGAGGUCACUACAGCUCCCUGUCUCCCAUCAAGGUUUAGGGGUGCUCCCAACCUCUUCGGGUGACACUAACGUUACAGACUCUGCUUACUCUUCGUCUAACUCUUCAACAUCUUCUCUUAAUGUCGGAGGUAAGGUGGGAGUCCUGCCUGAUUUACAAGAGUCUAAACGGACUAAUCAUCUUGCCUGUGCACUCGAGGACCCACCUGCCCUUCUCCAUAGCCAGAUUCGUGGAGGCCUCCCCAAUGGAGGGCUCCUGGAGGGAGAGCGAUGGGCUGGAAGAGGUGGUCUCCGUAAGCUCCCUGCCAUCUCCAGCUCCACAGAGGAAGGAGAGGCCUCAAAUCCAGCCCUAUCCAGAUCAGUGUGCCUCCCCAAAGACAUCAAUGGAAGCCUCCCUUUGACCGAGGUGCCAAUGGAGAGCCAGCAGGACUUGGUGGAAUGGGAUGGGGUGGAGGGAGAUGUGCCACAAAGUGAACAUCACCCAGACCUGCCAUAUGACAAUGCUGACCAGACUCUUCCUGAGACAUUUCCCUCCCCUCCGCCACCUCUAGAUGACUGUUCCUACCAGGACUCAUCCAGUGAAAGCUCCUCCAUGUGCUUGAGUAUGAGUGAGCCUCCAUCUGAAGGCUCUUGCACUCCUCCUCUACCACUGGCCAAUGGGGAUGCGGAUGGCGCAGUCAUCCUCCGUGGCAAGAAGGGUCAAAAGAAGACAGAGAGAGUGCCGUCCAUCUACAAGCUCAAGCUGCGGCCACGGAUAAGACCUCGCACUGACAACAGACCCGAGAACAGCCCGUCGCGCAUCCCUACACCUGUACGAUACAGAAAUCAUUGUCAGCAGUCUCCUGCCAACUCGUCUCCCCUCCAGACCCCACCACAGUCCCCACGUUUAAACACUAACCAACCCUCGCACAAAGCUCUGCACCAGGCCUUUGCAGACUUCAUCCAACCCCAGCAGCGAUCCUCAGCUAUGGGCUCUAGAGAGUGUGCCUACUCUUCAGAGUCCAGCUUAGACAAUGAGGCCUGGAUGUAGUGAAUGAUGACUAUGUACGCAAGCCUUGGUCUGUAUUCCUUUGCUCAGCAUAUUCAGCUUUACAGUCAGAUUAGAGAGAGGAGUGACGAAAAAAGCACAUUUGUAAGACAAAGAGACAAUGCACCUCUGACUGGUGUAUAACAUGUAGCAGGAAUCCUUACUGUCAUUUCACUGGAGAUAGACAUUUGUACUAAAGUGGCUAAGAACAUUACCAAUGCCAUUCUUAACAUCUUGGACUAACAUAGCCUGUUCUGAAGUAAUUCAGAGAGCUACAUGCACCAUCGGAGAUUUGCUUGAUUUCAUUCAUCGAGUCAUCUUUUUUCCUUCUUUGAGUUUUCUGUUUGGAAAAGGAAAUUACUGCAUUUCCCUUUAGGAGAUCUCUAAGUUUAAAUGCUCCUCAUUACCUAUUUUUGAAUUAUUUCCAUGAGGACUAAUUUUAGCUGGUUUAGUUCAAUUUUUAUUUGUUAGGGUUGGAACGAAGUAUAAAAAAUUUUAAUCAGGGAAUUGUAAUAUACAGAGUAUACUGUAUACUGGAGAAUAAGAGCUGUAUAAUCCGUAGAGCAAAUAAGAUGAUGGUGGAAUCAUUUUAGCGUGCAAGGCGAGCACCUAAAUGACGCUUUGACCAUACUUCCAUGUGGAAUCCAAAUUGGAAAUACUUUUGAUUGACUGUUCUGUUUUUAGCCCAGGCUAAAUAGUGUGGCAUAUAAACUUGUUGCAUCGUUUUGAGGAUCUCUCGGAAAUGUUUAAGAGAGGACGCAAUUCAUGCUUUAUCUGUUUAACAUCACCUUGGCAGACAAGCAAAUAUGUUGUAUUUGUGUAUUAUGUUCUGUACAAACUAAUAUGGUUAAUGUAUAGGUUUAUAUGUAAUAUAUGUUCAUUUACUUAAAUGUGUGUUAGUGUAAUGUAAAUAUAAUUAUUAACUGAAUUUAAUAUUAAUGUAUAAAACAAAUGCUGUUUAUUUCAGUAUGUUAAUUCUGCCUUAGCUAUGCAAUGUUGCUAUUGAAUGUUGCCUUGACAAAUUUUCUUGCCUUAAAGUAAGUAUGAGAAGUUAGUAUAGUGUUUGUGAAGCAGAGAUGAAGGGAUGCUGUGUGUAUGUAUCUGGGUGGCUAAAUCUGUGAGUGUGUGAGGUAGAGAAUGUGUGUUGAACUGGAUGGACCCUGUGUUUCGGCCCAUCGUUAACUGUGAGACAAUUACACAUGUGAGGGUAACGGUAACAACAAGAUCCUGCUUUAUCAGCAUUCCUCUGUUUAAAGACUUCGUUUAAUUAUUGCUUGAUUUAUCUACAAGUGAGAAAUGAAGGACACUUAAUGGAAGAUAGUGCCAUAUUAAACAUCAGUAGGAUGUUUCUCAAAACAUGGAAAUCACUACAAACUAGAAAAUGGAAAUCAUUUUUAUUGUCACUCUUUUAUUGUCAAAGCUAUAUGGAGUCCAGAGCUGUUUAUGAAAUAGUGAUAUUUUCCACUUUAAUCAACAUUAGACAUUCAAUUUCUUUUAAAGUUCUUUGGCGCCACCAAGUGGUCGAAUGAUUAAUCAUUUUUGUUUUUUUGACUUAUGUCAAAUGUUUUGUGUGACUUACAUUACAGUAUGAAAGUAUUGAGUUACUUGAGUGAGUUAUUAUAAACUGUGUUAUUUUUUUAAUUCAAACACAGUUAAUAUGAUUGAUACUGGUAGACCAUUGCAUAUAAUAGGGGAAAACGGUUAAACGACUACAGCUAAAUGAAUUACACUACACACAUUUUGUUUUGGCAUUGGAUUGUGUAUUUAUAUAAAAUGAGUAAAUUUUUAGGCCUUGGUGAUUGGUUGUGGGUGAACAGUUUUAUCAUAAAGGGACGAUGUUGUAUGUUUCUGAAUGAACGGAUGAAUUGUUUACUUUUGGUAUGUUCUCUUUUGGAGGCUUUAUAGUAUACUGCCCUGUGUUCAUGAGCUCAAGUGUUUGAUUGAGAGAUGUUCUGAAGUUUGCUGUUUCGGUUAAUCAAAAAUGGGUCAGAAAAAGUGAGGGAGAUGUUUUUGGGAAUGGAUUUCAGUGUUCAUGUUUUGCCGAAAGGACUGCAACCAUAUGAUUAUUACCGUUAGCAUGACCAUUGACACUCUACAAAAAUCCGCAAUACAAUGCAUCACUGCACAUUGCUUAUAAGUUUAUUGCCAUUUAAAUGUCUGCUGUGACACUUUAGGACUUUAUUAAAUGUCAUACCGAAGUAUAAAUAAGGACAGUAGAGCUUUCUGCUGUGUUUCAGGUUACAUUAAUGGUUGCUGUGCCUAAUUCACAUUUUAGUCAAACACAUACCCACAUAGUUACCUUUACAAUAUCUAAUCAUUAACUGCCAUACAUUUGUACAGUAAACUAAUUUUUGAGCUCCAAACGUAUUUAUUCUGUUUUGCUUUCCAAUAAAAAUGACGGAAAGAUGUUUCUUUUCUGUGAUGACAUUCGUUAUGUGUUUCUAAGUCACAUUUAGACAUUUUUAAAAUAAUUUAUUGCAUGAAUGGGUUCUGUUUUUCUUUAUUCGUUAUUGACAUCAGAAUACAGACAUGUAGAUUAACAUGUUUUAUUAACUUGAACAAUCCCAUCUGAUUUGCAUUAUGCAAAUAUGAUGUUCAGAUGUGAUCUACAAAAUGCAUGCUAAAUCUACAAUAUGUCAUGCUCUGGUUUCAAUAAAUGAAACGGCUGUUGGAUUAUUUGAAAUUUGAAUGUCUAUGGAUUUACUUUUAAAUUGCAUUUUAAAUGCUGACUUGACAAUGAAAUGUAAGGUCUUGACAUUGUGGAAUUUGUCUGUGUUGAAUAGCAAUAUUGCAAGACCAACAUUCCACUGUUCCUUGAAAACCAAUUGCUGUUAAUUUAAUUCUUGUGUAAUAAAAAUGUUUUGGAUGAAA